AUGCAAACAUUGCCAGCAGACAAUUGUACCUAUUUGAAAACCAAGCACGGAAAAACCAGAUACAUCUUGGAUGGACCAUCGGAAUCUGAUCAAGUGGAUCAUGCCAUUGUUUUUGUUUGUGGAAUUUCCUCACACUCCUAUUCUUAUUUACAUUUGAUGAAGGCUAUUGAGCAGACUUUGAAUUCAUCAUCAGCAUCAUCGGAAAAAACAAUUUAUUUACGUUAUGAUAAGUACGGAAGAGGAAAAUCUGAAAAUCCAGAGAUUGAACAUUCGGCUGAUUUGUUUGUGGAUCAGUUGUAUGAAUUGAUUGAUAAUUUAAUUAUUAAAGCUCAUACAAAAAGAGGUUGGUAUAUAUUUUGA